ACUUGUACGGGUGGGCAAUGUCCCAGUACAUGCCGUACGGUGGGUUCAACUGGGUCGAACCUACAUUAAACGGACUUGAUGAUUUGAACGACACAUCACCCAUAGGGCGAGUGUAUGAGGUGGAUGUAACAUACCCACAAAAAUUACAUGAUAAGCAUAACGACCUGCCUUUCCUGCCGCAAAACAGCGUGCCUCGAGGGUCGAAGGUGAGGAAGUUUAUGGCGACAUUUGAGAAAAAGGAGAAUUACAUCAUACAUUAUAGGAACCUACAGCAGGCCAUUAAGAAUGGUUUGAUAGUUGAAAAAGUACACAGAGUUAUUCAGUUUAGCCAGUCGGAUUGGUUGGCUAAAUAUAUUAAGUUAAACACAGAGAUGAGGAAGAAGGCUAAGAACGAUUUUGAGAAAGACUUUUUUAAGCUGAUGAACAAUGCUGUAUUUGGUAAAACAAUGCAAUCGAAGAGGAAAGAGAUGAAGAUGGAGUUGGUGUCGUGUGAGAGGAGGUUGCAGAAACUGAUUAACAAGUGUACAUUCAAACACUGUACCAAUUAUAAUGAAAACCUAAACGCUGUCGCUUUAGAGAAUACAAUUAUUAGAUUCGAUAAACCUAUAUAUAUUGGAUUUGCAGUACUAGACAUAUCAAAAACAAUGAUGUAUGACUAUCAUUACAAUGUAAUGAAGAAACACUAUGGCCCUAGAUUAACUCUUAUGUAUACUGACACAGAUUCACUAGUGUAUCACAUUCAAACGGAUGACUUCUACAAAGACUUGGCGGCUAACAGUAGCUUGUUGGACCGGAUGGAUACUGGCAACCUACCCAGUGACCAUCCGUGCUAUGUGAUAGAAAGAAAGAAGUCCCCAGGAUACUUUUCUGAUGAAGUGGAUGGUGAUAUAAUUACUGAAUUCUGUGGAUUGAGAGCCAAGUCAUAUGCUUUCAAUGUGUAUGCCGGACCGGAGGAAAGAGUUGGUGGUGAAAAAAUCAAAGCGAAGGGGAUAAGAGGUCAUGUGGUUAAAAACCACAUGACUCUUGAAGAUCAUAGGAAGUGUUUGUUUGAAGAAGAUGGAUUGGAAUUAUAUACAGAGAAUGUAUCGAUAAGAUCAUUCAACCACCAACUGAUGACAAUAAAAACAAAGAAAUUAACGUAUAACAGCUAUGAUGACAAGAGGGUGGUGCUAGAGGAUAAAAUACAUACAUUAGCACAUGGACAUUAUAGUAUAGAGGAAGAUGAACCCGAGGAUGAAUGGCCUGAACUCGACUAUGAGGUAGAUGACAGAGGGCGACGAUUGAGUAAACUGGAUAAAGAGUUUAUGAGGGAGCUUCUUUGUUACACAACUAAAUAGUUUUAUUUCAGAAACUUUACUUAUUUUUUUGUUAUAUAGUUUUAUUGUUUUGUUAUAUAUUGAUUAUUGUAAAUAACUUGUAAAUAUUAUCCUAUUAAUUGUUAUAUAAUGUAAAUACUUGAUAAUAGAUUAUUGUGUAAUUUGUAAAUAUUUUUGUAAAAUAUUAGAUUAGUGUAUAAAUUUGUAGUAUUAACACCUUUAUAAUGUAUACUUUGUAUGUAAAUGUAUAAUUUUUAUAUUGUAUAAUUUGUAAAUACUCUAUACCGUAUCAGUAUGCUUUUGCUAGAUAUGUAAGAUAGUUUACAAUGUUUUCUUGUAAUAUUUUUUUUUUCCUGUAUAAUUGUUUAAGCUAUAACCAUGUUUUUGCCAAUAUAUUUAAUUAAAAAAUCUU